AUGGCGGCGCCGGAUUGGAUGACCCAGUUGAACCGACUGUGGGGUGGGGCGUCGGAGAUUCCCGUGGCGGACGCGAAACUGGAGGAUAUCACGGGAUUGCUCGGAGGCGGGUUGUUUCAGCCGCUGUUCAAGUGGAUGCGAGAGAGCGGGCCGGUGUAUUUGCUUCCCACGGGACCCAUCACGUCGUACGUCGUCGUGAGCGAUCCCGACUGCAUUAAACAGGUGUUAUUCAACUACGGAAGCCGGUACAUCAAGGGCACAAUCGCGGAGGCGGGUGAAUUUUUGUUUGGAUUGGGCGUCGCGUUGCAAGAGUUGGAGCCGUGGAAGAUUCGACGGAAGGCGGUGGCGCCCUCUUUGCAUCGCAAAUACGUCGAAGCGAUGGUGGAUAGAUGCUUUGGUCCGUGCGCCGAUCGGAUGGUGAGUAUUUUGGAGGGCGAAGCUGGCGCUGGCGGCGUCGGUGGCGUGAACAUGGAGAGUCGAUUUAGCAAGACGGCGCUCGACAUCAUCGGCAUCUCCGUGUUCAAUUACGACUUUGAGGCGCUCACGACGGCGGCGCCGGUGAUUCAAGCCACGUAUACUGCGCUCAAGGAGGUCGAGACACGAUCGAUGGAUCUUUUGCCCACGUGGCGCUUGCCUGAGAAGUUCUUGCGCGUCGUUAGCCCGCGCCAACGCGACGCGCAAGACGCCGUCACCGUCAUUCGCGACGUCACCCAGCGACUCGUGGACGACUGCAAGCGCAUGGUCGAGGAGGAAGAAAAGGUCGGUGGCGCUGAAGAGUGGGCUCGCGAUUACUUGAACGAGUCAAAUCCUUCGGUGUUGCGCUAUCUCAUCGCUGCGCGCGAAGAAGUGUCUUCGACGCAGCUCAGAGACGAUUUGCUCUCGCUUCUCGUCGCCGGUCACGAAACCACCGCAUCGGUGCUCACGUGGGGCACGUACGAGCUUCUCAAGCCUGAAAACGCGGAGCAGCUUCGCUUACUUCGAGCCGAGCUCGAUGAAGUGCUAGGCACGCGUCCGUUCCCGACGUUUGCGGAUUUACCAAAGAUGCCCUACCUCGAGCGAUGCUUUCACGAGUCCAUGCGGCUUUAUCCGCAACCUCCCGUGUACACGCGACGCGCCGUCGUGGAGGAUGUCUUGCCCAACGGCAUGACGAUACCAAAGAACCAAGAUUUAUUGGUAUCGAUUUACAACCUCCACCGUUCGCCCACGAGUUGGGGGCCGACAUCGCAAGAGUUCGAGCCCAUGCGCUUCGGACCGCUGGCGAACGGGCAACCGAACGAGUUAAACACGGACUACCGCUACGUGCCGUUUAGCGCCGGACCGAGGCGAUGCCCCGGGGAUAAGUUUGCCGUCUACGAGGGCAUCGUCAUUUGGGCCACGAUGUUCAGGCGAUUAGACUUGGAGUUAAAGGCUGGUCACGACGUUGUCAUGACGUCUGGGGCGACGAUUCACACGAAGAGCGGUUUGUUAGCCACCGUCAAAGCGCGCGCCAUGCGAGAAGUCGCCGAGGCGGACCGUGUCGACUGGGCUAACUUGAAGCCUGCGAAGGAUAUCGGCGAGGAGUGGAUGGAAAAGGCACUCUUCAAUAGCGAAGCGACCGGUGCGGUGAGCGCGGGUAAAUGCCCCAUGGGUCAUUAA